AGUUUGUACGAGGAAAAAAUCUCUUAAACCAGAGGAGGAUAUUUACUAGGAUGCUGACACUGAAAGAAAAACUCUAGAACACUCCGAUAUUAACUAUGACUAAUUAAAUUUCCCAGUCUCUAUUGGAUGAACGACUUUUGAUCUAUAUUCUGGUCUUCAGUUCUGUGUCUAGCAGCUACGUUUUCCAUGAGAAGAACGCUCAUGCAGAUUUUCGCCGCCAAUUGUUGAUACCAGAGGAAGCAUUCCAACGUGAACUGAACUUGACUUUAGGGACAAGGGAAAGAAACCUCCUCUUCCUGUUCUAAGCCUCUUCAACUUCACAUGAUCCACCAAUCUUUAUUUCCGCCCCUGCCUGCGGGGACAGAAAACCUCAUUUCUCUCCAUAGUCAACUAGGGAGGAAAUUUAAAGAUUGUAAUAGCAACCGAUAAUUAGAGGCUAUCGAGAAAAAUCUCCGGCCUACAUAACUGGGCUUUCUAGGAUUCUUCGGCUUGAAGCAGACAGACGCAGCAGGUCAAGCAUGAAAGCUGAGGAUGAGAAAUUGAUGAAUAUUUUCUGGCUCAGGCCUGCUUUUCAGAAAAACUCAUGGAGAGCAGGAGGAUGGUGCUCGUCGUCAAGCAAGACUUUGGCGUUGACAACCACUGUGCUUGUGCUCUUGAUCGUAUUAGUCGUUUCAUCCUUAGCUUUCGCGGGUUGGAUUGAUCUAGGUAAAUAUUCUGGAAUUUCCUAUGAAAAUGCCCUGAAUUUGUUUGUCAGGACGCCCAGUUCUCCUCCUACUCUGCCACCGCCUCUGCCUCCGCCUCCUCCUCCGCCUCCUCUGGAGUUUCCUCUCAACUGCACUGCAUGGAAGCAGAACAAGACAUGCCCAAACAAUUAUCCCAUCAACUAUGAACCCACGAAUCUCGACCCUUCAUCGAACACGACGUGCCCUGAUUAUUUUCGAUGGAUUCACGAAGAUUUAAGGCACUGGAAAGGGACGGGGAUCACAAGGGAGAUGUUGGAGGGAGCAAGAAGGCAUGCUCACUUCAGGCUGGUGAUCCUGGACGGGAAGGUCUAUGCAGAGAAGUACAGGGAAUCAAUCCAGACCAGAGCUUUGUUCACCAUGUGGGGGAUCGUACAACUCGCGAGAUGGUACCCUGGAAGAUUGCCUGAUCUCGAGCUGUUGUUUGACUGCAAUGAUCGGCCGGUAAUUCCAUCAAAGGCCUUUCGUGGACCCAACGCUGGUCCUCCACCUUUGUUCCGGUAUUGUUCGGAUUGGUCGAAUUUGGAUAUUGUCUUCCCAGAUUGGUCAUUUUGGGGCUGGGCUGAGACGCACAUAAGGCCAUGGAGAAGUUUGUUGAAGGACAUAAGAGAAGGCAACAAGAGGAUCAAGUGGAAGGAUAGGGUACCCUAUGCGUAUUGGAAAGGGAACCCUCAUGUGGCUCCAUGGAGGGGUGACCUCAUGAGAUGUAACGUUACAGAAAAGGAAGAUUGGAAUGCUCGUCUGUAUGUCCAGGACUGGAUCAAAGAAGGACAAACGGGAUAUAACCAAUCAAAUCUUGAAGACCAAUGCACUCACAGAUACAAAAUUUAUAUAGAAGGAUGGGCAUGGUCCGUGAGUGAAAAAUACAUCUUCGCAUGCGACUCACCGGUGAUGCUAAUAACUCCCCGUUUCUAUGAUUUCUUUAUAAGGGGCAUGGUGCCGCAGCGCCACUAUUGGCCAGUUAGGGACAAUGAUAAAUGUAGAUCUCUUAAAUUUGCUGUUGAGUAUGGCAACAAUCACGCAGAAAAGGCAGAGGCCAUUGGAGCAGCAGGAGCUCGCUUUAUACACGAGGAUAUGAAGAUGGAAUACGUUUAUGACUACAUAUUCCAUUUACUCAAUGAAUAUGCGAAGCUCUUGAAGUUUAAGCCUACCAUUCCUCCAAAUGCAAUGGAACUUUGUGCAGAAGCCCUGGCAUGCCCUGCAGAUGGAAACUGGAGGAAGUUCAUGGAAGAAUCCUUGGAGAAAUCUCCCAGUCUUCACACAAAUCCUUGCACAUUGCCUCCACCCUAUAGCCCUGAAGCUCUAAAAGCUUUUAAUGACGAAAAGUUUAAGUUAACCAAGGAAGUCGAGAACCGGGAAAAUGAAUACUGGGACAAGCUAACCAACCGUCAAUGAGGUUUAGUUGUAUGAUUUGUCAGCUAAUUUUUUGUUGAUUUAUAUUUUUCUCCUGUUAUUAAUGACGAUCAGAUUAGUCAUUCAAUUAUUUUGUACUAGUCUUAAAUUAUUUUUUGUAUUUGCAU